AUGUUUGCUGGUCCAGCACCAUUAGCCUUGCAGGAAAGGACCAGUGCUGACAGAGUUCCAGAACUGGUGGAGCAGGCUCAGGCUCUGCAUCUUCUGAUCCUCCUGGUGGAAGAGCCUGCCACCAUGAGGCUGCAGAAGCUGGAACAGCAGUGGAGGAAGAGGAUCACGAACUCUCUCACUGAUGCAAGCUCUUGCUCCUGGCCCCCACGCCCCCUUCUCCUGCUCCCACAGCGGCAGCUGUUUGAGAAGAAGCAACGACGGAAGCGCCAAGAACCCCUCAUGGUUCAGGCCAAUCCUAACGCUUCCCUGUGGCUCCGGCGACUGUGGCGGCCGGAGAAGCACCCCCGGAGUGAUAGCGCCCUGCCCCUUAUUCCAGGCCUUGAGAACCCUUUCCUCCAGGAGAGCGUGCCAGAGGGACAUCUGAGCUGUGGUGCCUGCAGUGCCCCGCACACUGUGCCCUGUGGUGGAGAUGGCAGCGGCGAGCGUGCCCCCAUGGCGUCGCCGACAGAGGCAGUACUCAGGAAUCCCGGUCUCCAGCCCCUCCACGAAUCCAGGCUCCCAGAGGAUUCUGAUUCUGAGUUGGAGGAAGUCUGCAUGGAAGAUGUUUUCAUGUCUUCUACACCUUAUGAACAGCCUCCCCGAACUCCACGCAGGGGUUGGCUGGCCAGCCAAGACCCUGGGACCAGCGUGGAGGAGAAGAGUGAAUCCCAGGAUGUUGAAGAUGAAUACAAGGUGCCCAAUGUGGAACCAAACCCUGGAAUGGAUGAUGACCUGAGAACAAACCCUGGAAUGGAUGGUGACCUGGGAACAAACCCUGGAAUGGAUAGUGACCUGGGAACAAACCCUGGAAUGGAUGGUGACCUGGGAACAAACCCUGAAAUGGAUGUUGACCUGGGACCUGAAAACUUGACCUCCCACCAGGUGGAGGGAGGCACAGCUACUAAGGAUGCUGAAGACCUGGAAGAGAAGAAAGAGGAGUUGGAGUCUGCAGAGACCAACUCCCCAGCAGCAGCCAACCAGGAGGUGUUCAAGGCCCUGGAAGGCACUGUUGGCGCGAGCAGCAUCAGUGUGUGGAUGGCGGGCUGCCUGGCACCCGGCACCCCAGGCCGUCACCUGGGCAGGUCCAUGGAGGCGUAUGUGUUGCGGCCGCUGCCCCCGGGCCUCACGUUGCAGUGCUGCAUCAGCCGCGACAAGCAUGGCGUAGACAAGGGCAUGUUCCCCUCCUACUACCUCUUCCUGGAGGCGCCCGACGGCCGAAAGCACUUGCUCCUGGCUGGGCGAAAAAGAAAAAGGAGCAAAACCUCAAAUUACCUCAUCUCCGUGGACCCCACAGACCUAUCUCGGAAUGGGAGCUUCUUUGUGGGCAAACUCAGAUCCAAUGUCUUGGGCACCAAGUUCACCAUCUUUGACAACGGGGUGAAUCCCAACAGGCAGAAUUUCUUCUUGCAGACUGGCCACAUCAGACAGGAGCUGGGAGCUGUGUGUUAUGAGACCAACAUCUUCGGAUGCCGGGGCCCUCGGAAAAUGACUGUGAUCAUCCCAGCAGUGGACAGCCAGAACGAGAGAAUCAUUUGUCAGCCACAAAACGCACAAGAGUCAAUACUGAAUCGCUUCCAACAGGGGGCCAUGGAGGAGCUAACCCUAAUGAAAAGUAAAACCCCAUUGUGGAGUGAGGAGAGCAGUGCCUACGUGCUCAAUUUUCAUAAUCGAGUCACUCGGGCCUCAGUCAAGAACUUCCAGAUCGUGCACUCGCAAGACCGUGAGCUCCUGGGAACAGCAGGGUACCUGGUGCUCCAGUUCGGCCGUGUGGCCCAGGAUGCAUUCAUCAUGGACUUCCGCUACCCCCUUUGCCCGCUCCAAGCCUUUGCCAUCUGUUUGUCCAGUUUAGAUGGGAAGCUGGCGUGUGAGUAAAAU